AAUAUAACUUUAUAAGAAUAUGUAAAGUAAUAUAUUAUAGUGACGGUAACAUUGGUUUCCUAUUAUUUAGCAAGUAUUUGAUAAUCCAUCUUCUAAAUUGGCGCACUGAUGUCUACUAGGGACAUCUUUAGUAAGAUAAAAACGGCGACGGACGAGAUCUGGAAGGAAAGUUGUAGCACCUCACUUAAAUCCAACGCCAGUACGUUCGACAAGGCGAAACAAAAGGAACACGCAGGAACAACAGAUUUCAGAAACAGAAGACGAAGUGCUGCAAACUAAUAUAGAAAAGGAAGCAAAUACCGUGGAACAUCAUUCAGACGUUAUAAAGGAAAUGUUGGAAGAAGCAGCACAAGGUGUUAUAGUUGACAACUCAGAUGGAGAUGGGAAUGAUUUAGUUUACCAAGAACAAUUUGUGGAUAGUGAACAAGUAGUGGAAGAGGUUCCACAAGAUGAUGAAUGUAUUGUUUAUGAAGAACAAGUCAUUGGGGAGGACCAUCAACAUAUUGAUGAUGAUAUUGAAAUGUUCGCUGUUCAAGAGGAAGAGCAAAUAAAUUCAGAAGUCCCCAUUAUAUCGGACACAGGAAUCGACGAAAAAAGUUCAUCUUUUCCUUUUGGACCGACUGGUGGGCAGUCUGAAACAUCAGAAGAUGUACAAAAUGAGGAUGGAACGAAUGAAACUAAUGCAGUAGAGAGUUCACUACUUGCUUCUUUAGCUGGGGAUAAUGCGAAUAGCUUACCAUCGGUAGGUGGAGGUGAAGAAAAUGAUAUUAAGAAGGAUGAUUUUGAAGCAAAAGUCGCGCUCUGUGACAAAAUGGAAUCGGAAGAUUCACUUUCUGAGCCAGCAAUAGCUGAAGAUCUUGGAAAUGCUGCAGAAGGGAGUGAUGCAACAAUUGUAAAUACGGAAUUAGUUUCAGAAGACGAAUUACCGUUACCAACGAAGCCUGAGAUAAAUGACGCCGAAGAAGUUUCUGAUGAUGAACUUCCAGCACCUAAACGCGCUGAAUUACCAGCCGAUGCAGAAGUUAUAUCCGAGGAUGAGUUACCCACUGCAACCUCACAAGUAGAGAAAAAAUCUACUCCCUUGUCUCCUGAAGCUCCGAGUAAGAGCAUGUUAUUAGAGUCGACUUCUAAGGAAUCUGUGGGUCAAAAGAGAAAAGCUGAUGAUGUGGAUGAAUGCAAAUACGAAAAACAACGUAAAGUUGAAGAAUCAAAGAAACGUAGCGAAGAACAAUACAAUCCAAUGAGCCCAACUUCAGAGAGUAACGACGCCACACCGAUCGCAAUAGUGGAAAAGAAAAAUAAAACAGAUGUCAGCUCAGGAGAAAAUGAGCAUAAAGAAAAGAAAAAGGAGAAGGAGAAGGAAAAGGAUCGUGAGCGCGAGAAAGAAAAAGAAAAAGAGAAAGAACGUAAGCGAUUGCCCGAUUUAGAUAAAUAUUGGCGUGCAGUUAAAGACGAUCCUGCCGAUUUUACCGGAUGGACAUAUUUAUUACAAUAUGUAGAUAACGAGUCUGAUGCCGAGGCAGCACGUGAGGCCUACGAUGCAUUCCUUUCACAUUAUCCUUAUUGCUAUGGGUAUUGGCGCAAAUAUGCAGACUACGAGAAGCGCAAGGGUAUAAAGGCCAACUGCAACGCGGUAUUCGAACGCGGUCUAGAAGCAAUCCCAUUAUCUGUGGAUCUGUGGAUUCAUUACCUAGCACAUGUAAAGAGUAAUCACGCAGAAGACGACUCGUAUAUACGGUCACAGUUCGAGCGCGCUAUAGAUUCAUGUGGUUUAGAAUUUCGUUCCGAUAAACUGUGGGAUGCCUACAUUAAAUGGGAAACGGAAUCCAAACAUUACCAAAAUGUUGUUAAAAUCUACGAUCGUUUAUUAGCCAUUCCAACUCAAGGUUACAGUGGUCAUUUUGAUAAUUUCCAAGACUUAAUAAACCAGCAUUCUGUUGUGAGUACUAUUACCGCGGAGGAACUGAGGAAAAUUCGUUCGGAACUUCGUGAGAGUAAUUCAUCACGUUCUUCAUCGUCUCGUUCUAAGGGUCGACGAAGUGGUUCAAAGGACAAAGAAAGAGAAAAGGACCGAGAAAUCCGUGAUGAGAAAAAAGACGAUGAGUUGGGUAGCAAGUCACCAAAUGCUAAAGAUACUGAAUGUAUUCCAGAGGAAACACCACUUAUCUCAAGUAGUGAAACUCUGAGUGAUGAUCGAGACACAGAUGUUGCUGGCCAUAUAGAUCUUGGCGAUGUCACUAAUCUCAGCGAAGAGGAGGAGACAGCUAUUAAAGACAAAGUUAUAUCAGUCCGUCGCAAAUUGCAUAAGGCCACUGUUACUGCAGUGACCGCACGUUGGACGUUCGAAGAGGGCAUUAAACGUCCGUAUUUCCAUGUGAAACCACUCGAACGUUGUCAGUUAAAGAAUUGGAAAGAUUAUCUCGAUUUUGAAAUCGAAAAAGGUGAUCGUACACGGAUAUUAGUGCUGUUUGAAAGAUGCCUUAUAGCGUGUGCUUUAUACGAUGAAUUUUGGCUGAAAAUGAUCCGAUAUCUAGAGACCCAGUUAGAUCAACCCGGCAUCGUAGCUGUAACCAGCGAUGUUUAUCGACGUGCAUGUGAAAUCCACCAUCCCGACAAACCGAGCUUGCAUCUAAUGUGGGCGGCCUUUGAAGAAUGCCAAAACAAUUUUGACCGUGCUGCCGAGGUGCUAGAGAACCUUGAAAAGAAAUGCCCAAAUCUGCUACAAGUCGCCUAUCGCCGAAUCAAUGUAGAACGCAGGCGUGGCGAUAUGACCAAAUGUCGUGAACUCUAUGAACACUAUAUAAAUACGGCAAAAAAUAAAACAAUUGCUGGUAGCUUAGCUAUUAAAUAUGCACGCUUUUUGAAUAAGAUUUGUGAUGAUCUCGAUGGUGGUCUACGUGUAUUACGACAAGCACUAGAUAAAGAUACGGCAAAUACACGAGUUGCGUUGCAAAUGAUAGAUUUGGUUUUGCAGCGACCAAAAGUAGAUGAAGAUGAGGUCGUGCUAAUAAUGGACAAAUUUAUGGCACGUGAAAAUAUGGACCCAGAACAGAAAGUGCUAUUUGCUCAACGCAAAGUUGAGUUUUUGGAAGAUUUCGGUGGAACGGCGAAGGGUCUUCAAGACGCUCAGCGCGCUCUACAAUUAGCAUUAAGCAAAGCAAAUGAAGCCAAGAAAAAACGAGAGUCAAGUCCCUCCCGAAAGUCCUCAUCGAACAGCAAAGAAAGUUCAAUGUCAAAUUCGGCUGUUUCCACGGCAUACAAUAACGGUACCAACACUACUACUCCGAGCUAUAACUAUAAUUCCGCCAACUCAGCUUAUUAUGGACAACAAAAUAGUGGGGCUUACACAACGCAACAGUCUUACGAUGGCUAUUACAACCAUUGGCAGUAUGGAUCUAAUUAUGGAAAUUAUGGGCAAUGGAGUGGUUAUGGAAAUUACUAUUAAAUGAUAUGCAUCUCUCGAAAAUUCCUUUAAAGGCUCACGUUAUCAGUCGCCGCAUAACUUUUAACUAAAUCGGUUAUUAAUGUUAAACAAAUAUUUGUAGUUAUUAUGCUAUAUUGAAUCCCUAUGUGUAAAUUUUUAAGAUUUUCUGUUGACAAAGAAAAAUACAAAAUACUUUUUAUACACCUUA